AUGAGAUCGUUCCGUAGCAUCCAUUCGACCCCGCCCCUUUCGCUGGGGCCAAUCCUGUUAUACCCCGCCUCCCGGGAUCAGUUCAAUAGAGAAUCCACGCCCAAGCGGUUAGGUAAUUGGCAGGUACCACGUUGGGCGCCAACAAGAGCUCGCCCUGUGGAAAUGCGUCCGGAUCCUAAACCCAUAUGUGAUGACAACGGACAUUUUCUCCCAGGCGCACCUAGGGGCACGUCGCGGUGCUUCGGCCACUUUACUGGCACUUGGGAACUACCUAGAAAGAUCACCAGGAAAGUUGCUGAGGAGUUAGCAAAAGAGCCCCCUGAUCACAGAUUCCCAGAUUGGUUGAAUCUCCGCGUGCAGAGACCCAAGGCUGCGGCGGCCGCGCGCACGCGUACUACAAAACGCGGUAAAGCCAAGAAGGAUGACUCCGCGGCCUUACAGGACGAGCAGACGUUCAGAGACUUAGAUUUAAAUAAAAUAGAAACUCAAGAUAUACGUAAGAAAGAUGAUGAGGGCCAAAGUGAAUUAAAUAUUGAAAAGGAGGAUAAUCCUUUAACAUUAGAGCCUAAGAAACAACCAGUAGAUGAAAACGGCUAUGGUCCUUACGUACCCGGUACAUUAACAGAGCCAGAUAAAAGGCACGAUAGCCACGAUUUACUCGUAAAAGAAGCAGUAGAGCAAAUACACGGUCCACAAGAAAAUGAAGUUGACAAAUUUUGGAGGAAAGUAGCAGAAAACGCGACACAACAUGAUAGCGACCAAGAUAACAUGAAAUAUAAGAAAAGUGCUACUCCAAAACUUCCAUAUGUGAAUGUAUCGCAGAACUUUCAGUUUGCUAAAAAAAUGCACGUAGGAAAUUUAGAACAUCAGCCGUUGCCAGACACAUUGGGAUACAGAAAUUUGACUAAAAUAGCGGAGCAUAGAGAUUCCGAUAUCAUCGUUAAACCGUAUGCUAUUGGAUGGAAAGGCUACGGUGCUUCAGGACCUACGUGUUGCACUAAAAUGCGCGUACAUAGACCGAAAACUUGCGAUACUAAAAAAGUUGAAAACGAAAAGUGCGAUCAUAAAAGACCUUCGACAUCUGGGCCUAAUUUAGGCGAUCAGUUAAAAAAACCGUUGUCGUUAAUGGAUCUAGCGAUUUGCUGGGAUUUCAGGCCGGACGAUCCUAAACAGGAACCCAAGCCUCCGAAGCAUAUAGACGGAUCAAACGGCUCUAAAGCGCCAGCUGUAUUCACUAUGGUACACACUCCAAAAGAAGAAACUGUAGAAGAUACAACUAGACACGCAAAUCCAAUAUUCAGUCAAAAUAGAGUAGGAGAAGACAUGGGCCGACAUCCUGUACCAUAUUUUGAAAAAGAUAUGACUAAAGACAAACGGAGAAAUUCUUGUGACGUACAGUAUUGUCCGCAACAUAACAAUCCUAGUGAAAAAGGCUCCAAGUCGUCAAGCAGGAAGAGUUCAGCACACUCUAUAAAGAAAACUGAAUGUGAUGGUGUACAUGGUUGUGGCACGCCAAGUGAGACAAGUAGGAAAUCUAGUCGUGACAGACCGGAUAAAUUGGAGCCUAUCAAAGAUGCAUGGAAUACAAAGAGUAAUAAAAACAACGAUAAAUACGAUAUCAACAGAAAUCGAAAUAGCUUGGAAUCUUAUGAGAAGACACCGCUGGCACAAGGAAAGUUAAAUCAGAGCUCUCCAAGUGAAUCACGAUCAGGAAGGUCCCCAAAGCAGAGUAUUUCUUCAGGUAAUAGACAUAAGACUUGCUUGCCUUGCAACGAGAAGAUACCACAAGAGGCGAAGUCGAAGGAAGAUUAUAAAUUCGCUUUUAAAGCAGGUAACCCUAACUCCGUGCAUAGCGUAACAAAUUCCACUGAUUCGAAAGGGGUGAAAAUUCCAAAAAUGCGACAUCCCUAUACGAAGAAGUCUUACACGAUACCUACACUAGCUCCACCUUUCAGUAUUUGGAGGGAUGCCAACGCAAGUGGAUAUCCUGAACAUUGGAGAUUAGCGAGUGUAUAUCAACACGCCUACAAACCUCCCGAACAGAGACGAAAACCCCUCAUAGAAAGCGUCUAUCAAUAA